AUGUCGCGACUGUCCCAGUUAUUCGCAAAGUCUAAACAGACUCAACCUGUUACCUCGGAAAACGCAGGCGGCUCGGCCUGGACUGAAGUCGGCAAUGCCGCCGAUCAUCUUCUAGAAGAGCUUGAAUCCCUCUACUGGACUGGUGUCAACCAAGAACUGGACUGCAUUGUUUCAACCUUCCGACAAUGGCAGCAACCUCAGUUCCAGCAUAUCCAUUCGGACGCAGACAAUACACUGGUCAACGGCUUCGACACCUUCAUCUCCAAUGUCCUCCUGCGGCCAACCGCCACACCUCCCAAGCUAGCCUCCCAAGUAUCCACCAGGAUCGACGACAAAGGGCGCCUGGUCAGGAGCGCAGAAAUCCGUGCGAUGGAGCUGUCAGCAGCAAAGAUCAGGACGAGGGUGAAUGUCGACGUCCGCAAAUGCCUAGCACAGCGUCCUGUUGAGAUGGAUGCCGCUAAGCGACGAGCACGGUUGCUUCUCCAAGCAGCUGGAUUCUUGGAUAUCGAUACGAUCAUCGAGCAUUCACCAGCGAGAAAUACGCCUAGUCCUCUCACGCCGCAGCUACGAAUGACCAAGAAAGGGUUCAAGGGGUGUCCGGCCAUCUCAGUCCUCCCUUGCAGUGAAUGCAAGUGUGUCAUCCGGGGGAGUAUGUAUUCAGCCACUGGCGGGUCCACCCAGCCAAUCUGCGAAGAUUGCUACUGGGAGCACCAUUACGGAGACGCUUCGUACAUCAAGCAAUACAAGCAUUCCAUCGCGUCUGAGGUUGCUGCCGGCGUCAGUAAGCAUGCUCGCUGCAGUUCUUGUCGAAAGCAUCGGAAUGAAAUUCAACGGCCAUAUGAGCUGCGAAGUAAAACAGAGGUGCAUAUGUUGGCCGACGCAAAGUACUUGAGCGUCAUGAAGUUGCAGAAGAAAUCAGACCUUCCAACUCCAACACCUCCCUUGGCCAAGGUAAUUCACAAAGAUCACAGCAGUCGGGCUGGCAUCUACGAUGCCGCUUCGAGGUCUGGCAAGAUGCGAUUGGUCGGGGACGAGUGGCUGUACAAGAAUUUCAUGCAGAAGAAUCCGUGGAAUAACAUCCAUAUGGCCGUUCGGGUGGGACCAUUGGUGAUUGGGAAUGACAGGAAAGAAAGUCGGAAUGGGGCCGGAAUAUCCCUUCGCGAUCCAAUUUUCGGACAAGAGCAGCAAAAGGCAGGCCUCACUUGCCUUGCCAUCUGCAGAGCAGAAAGACAGCUAUGGCGCCGUGUCAGCGCUCGCCGGCAGAAACGGAAACGCUUCCAAACGGUUCUGAAGCAAGUCGUCGGGACUCCUUUCACCGGCUGGCCGUUGUCGGCGGCUGAGGAGGAGGUCAUCGAGCUGCUGGUGAAGGCAAGCAGUGACAGCGCGGAUGGUACACGCCAGGAACUGUACGACACAGUCAAAGCGUGCCUCAGUCCAUGGGUGUCGGUCUACUUCGAAAGUAUUGUGGGAAGGUUGCUGGACAGCAAGACCACACUCGCAUGGGACAGAUUGACCAAUAACUGCCAACAGUUCUGUAACUCGCUGAUUGACUGGCAAGUCUUUGGAUCACUUCUCGCUCAGUCCUCCGUCACUGGCUCCGACAAGGACCCCCCGCAACCACUCUACCGCAUGAGCUUCGUCUGUCGCCCUCACGCAACACCGAGUCCUUUCAAACACCCAAACACCAUCAUCGACGUCCCAUACGGGCUGUCAGAGGAGUAUAUCCGCCGCUUCCAUUUUGGCUGCUACACCGGCCCCGACCUGAUCGAUUCCCUGCACGAGUACUGGUUCGACUGGGCCGGAUUCAACAAACACAUCUAUCCCCAUCAAACGCUCUUCCCCUGGGACUGCACGGAAGCACUCCACCGCUACCCCGUCAAAUGCGGCAACUGCACACUCUCCAAGCACGUCUGGGCCUUCCCCUACGAUUCCUGGUCAAUCAUCGCCCUGCAUCUAUCCAGAGACCAAUUCGCUUAUCCCCCCUCCGAACUGAGCCCAAAUCCCACCCACGAUGCGUCCUGGAUAAACAACCGCCUCACCCUCCUGACAGCACUAGACUCCCUCUCCGCCGGCGCAACAGCCAUGUCCCAGAGCCAGCACUUCCAGCUAUGGCUCCAACCUCAAUCCGACCCAUCAACCGAUCGAAUCAAACUAGGCGGCAUCAACCGCGCACAACCAUGCAGCCACGCGCUCGAGCACCGCACCCACGACGACUUCUUCGCCGCAAACUGGGCUUCAGACUAUAUAUCUUCCAUUCAGGCCUAUGAAGUCCUGCGGAAUAAGCGGUACUUGCCGCGGACGGCGCAGGAAAGGGAACUGGUGUUCUGGGGCCUUGAGGGGCAGGAACCGCCGGGGGAGUAUGCGGUUUUGGCGGUGGAGUACUCGCAUGUUCCGAAUGCGAACUUUUCGCGACUGCGGCUGCUUGUGGUGCAAACUGUGGUGCGGUUUGUGGGAAUUGUGGAGGUGGUGGAGACAGCGGAGAAGGCGGCGGAAGUGGAGAAGGAGGGGGGAAUGGAGGAGGGGACGGAGGAGGAGAUGGAGGAGGAGAUGGAGGAUGUGGAGGAGGAGGAUGUGGUGGCGGAGGAUGUGGGGGAGGAGGUGGAGGAGGAGAUUGAUAUGCAGGUGUUGGUAUGUCUGCAGAGUUUAAGUGCCUUAGCGGUGUCUCAUAAGGAUGGCCUUUCUAUAGGUUCAGAGUUCGCCCGAAUUAGUAUCAUAUCGGCUAUCCUUGGUGAAAUGGGGCAUGGGAAGAGAUAA